GAGUGAUUCAACACUGGACUGAUCUGACAAAACAUUACAUCCCUGUUAACAAACUGCUCGUUACCUAUUGUGAAUGAGCUAUAUAAUUUAAACAGAAAUCCGAGUGUGUGAAAUUUGUUAAAAUAAUUUUUAUAUAGCAUAUGAAAUAGCAUUUUUAAUGCCACUAGAAAUGGAUAUCGAAUAUUUCCAGAUGUGGGCAGCCAGAUUGGGUUGCGCGCCGGAAGCAAUACCCACAGAGGAGGCUUUGAAAUCAAUUUAUAAAUCGCGCCAACGUGACUUAUUUUGUAAUUUAAUCAAACGUGUAAGAUCUCGACAAGAUGUUUGUGAGGUACGCGAAAAUAUACUUAUCAAGCGUCUGGAGAAAAUGAAGGAUCAUAUGGUGCCGACUUCGGCUAGAAAUUUUUUGCCUAAAGAAAUGCAAAUUUUCCUUAAAGUUAAAGAUCUUAUAAAGAACAAAGAAGAUGUAGCAAUGCGUUUAGAAGAAUAUAGAAAGGAAUAUGAGACACUUGCUAUUAAUAUAAAAACAAAAAAUAUCCAGCAUGUUAGUCUUCAGAAUAAGCAGAAAACUCUAAGGUCUCGCAUCAAUACUUUAAACUAUAACUGUAUAGCUUUGCGAAAGCAAAUAAAACAGGAGGAAAUUAAUAAAAAAUUAAUAAUUGCUACAAUGCCAGUGCGAUUGACAGCUAAAAAUGCCAGUGAAAUUGUCGCCAUGGACGAAAUUAAACAAGCUCUGCGAGAUCUCGACGAUUUCUAUACUCUGUAUACAAAUCAGGGAAACAGUCCUACCACUGUUCAGGAAGCAAAGGAUCUGCUCUGGGUUAAAAUGCGUGCGAUUUUCUCAAACAUGCCAAAUUUUAUUUUCUUUAAUGUAAUAAUGCGUUUGAAGGAAGAACAACUUCAAUAUGUAAUGUCAUUGAUAAAUAAAUCAAAUCUUGAGGAUUCAAGCAGCCAUUCCGUCAGUGGAAUUGGCAGUAAAGAUCCGCUAUCUCCUUUUGAUAUAAAGCUUUUGCAAACCAAGGCAGAUCUUUUGGGCAUAGUAGUAAAAUACUUAUCGGCACGCAAAGAACGUAUCAUGUUAGAAGAAAGAUUCCCCGAUGCUUAUGGACCUUUCGUGGACGAGUUGGAAAAGAAGGUGAAUCUGUUUAAUGCCAAUACAGAUGAAAACAUCAAUGAAACAAUAUCUGAAUACUUGGUUCAGUAUAAUCUGCGUAAUUUCUCAAAGAGUCAAAAUGAUUUCAUAACUCAACAAAUUGAACAAUGUAAAGCAGAUAUUGAUUAUGGAGCUAGACAAUUAGAAAACCAUGAGGUUAUCUUGGGAUCCAUUAAACAGGUUUAUAGUGACAUCAAUACAUCGAUUAAUAGAAUUCAGUAUGAAAUGCUGCAACUUGGGCAAAUCAAAGAAAAGAUUCUAUACUCAAAAAACAUGUUGAAACGUAUGGUGGACGAUAUGCAAAUAUCCGCUAUUGGCGCAGGUGUCGCACCCAUUUCUGGUGCAUGCAUGAAAUCCAAUUUCCUGCCUACGAAACUUAAAGUCAACAACAAUAUAUCUACUAUUGGUGAUAGCUUCGAAAUGGGCGGUGGAGACAUGGUGUUUUGUAGCACGAAAUUAGACUUUGACUCCACCAUGAUGUCACUUAACGCAACCUCUGUAAAUAACACUGGAACAUCCAGACGUAGUGUGGGAUGUGCGGAUACCACACUUAUGCCUGCGGCUACCGGCUGCUACAACAACGAAAACCGUUUCAUUUUACCACCAUACUCAACCGAAUUAUCAACUUUUGCCGAAAUCUCAUUUGAAAAAUUUAGCUGUAUAACGAAAGAAUGUGCUUACCAGCUGUCACCCAAUCCAUUGAUCGUGGAGUCGCGUGAGCUCUCGUCAACAAUGCAAUUGGCACCAGGCAGUUUACUGACCGCUUCAGGGGCUUUACAGGAAGUACGUAAUCGUAUCAAGUGGGCGGAUUUAAUUGCCCAGCAUUCGCUUGACUUGAAAUUGGAUUUGGAUUUGAUUAUGGUCGAUGCACAAAGCUGUAAGCAAAAAAUCAAACAACACCGUGAGCAAAUCGAGGAAAUGUUGGAUAAAAUCGAUGUCUCUAGCAUAAACACAAACCGAACACUGCAUAAACUAUCGAAGCUGUAUGAUUUUAUGCUCGCAAAUCCGCUGCGCCACUAUAUUCCAGCUGAAAGAAAUUACAACAACCAGACAUAUGCAGAUUAUGAAGCCGAAUUCUCGAUGUAUUAUCGUAUGGCAACCGUCGGUGCAUCCAUAAAAUGACCGACUUCCAUUAAAAUGCAGUUAAUAAAAUAUAUUUGAUUGAAACAAAGAAAAUGUUUAACAAUAAAAAAAGUUCGAAACGGUGUAAUUUCUAAAUCAAAACGAAUAUAGUGUGACAGAGCGUACAACAAGGCCGGGGAUAUUUUCUCGACAACAGCGAUUAAUGAGAUGUUUUACACAGAAACAAAAUCCUUAAGUCAUUCGCCGUCGGUCCCUGCAGCAAAAGCAAAUAUCUGGCUGGUCUAUAGUAAUAGCAGAAAUGAAAAUGUGUACAUUUAUAAUUAAUUCAGUUUAUUCUAUUGGUUUGUCACACAGUAUUAUUACAUUUCAUUUGUUUAUCAUUUAUAAUUGAAUUGGUAUACGUUCUAAAUGUAAGUUAAUUUGUUUACUUUUUAUUUACACCCGAUAUGAAAUGGGUUCGUAGUCACAUACAUACAUAAAUGUUAUUCACAUACAAUGUAUUUAAUAUAAAAACUUAUUCGUUUUACUUAUAAAAAAAACUUAUGAUUUACAGAGCGGUAUGAUAGAAUAUAUUAUUUUAUAUAAAAACCUUACUCAACUUUUACAUCUUUUUUAUUCUUAUAAAUUACUUGUUUUAAUUAAAUGUUUAAAAUGACAUGUUCAAUCGAAAUUAUAUUAUAAAUAUUUUCUGUAAACUAUUAGACACGGAUAUUUCAUAGAAAUUUUGACAUAAGCAGAACGAGUCCAAAUGUGAUGCUAAUUGAUUAUAUAUAGUUUUGAGUGAGUAGGUAUUAGACUAUUGAGUGAUGUUUUCGAGUGAAAUAAUCGAGAUGUUUCAUAGUUACGGACGGGGUUUUGGUGGCGUGUGUACCAAAAUAACCAUAAGAUACAGAGUACAUACAAUAAAAUAUUUGUGAUUAUAGGGAGUUUCAGAGCGUUGUCUACGUAUACCUUCUUCAAACAAAUGCCAAUACUACAUACUACAUACAUAUAUGUAUAUUUUGAGCAUGCUUCCUUUAUCUACAUAUAUAUGUAUGUAUGUAUGUAUGUAUGCACAUAGUUUCAAUAUAAAAUAAAGAGAGGAGAAAAGAAAACAACAAAUCAUAGAGCACUUAACUAAAAUGGACGUUUUCUCGUUUUAGCAACUUUACAACAAAUGACUUACUUACUUAGAUCGACAAAGAAAGAAAACGAAAGAACAAACUGUCGAAUAUUUGCGACGCUUAUUAAAUUAAAGUAAAAGGUUAAUUACGACACGACGCGUACUUAAGACUGCUGGAAUGAUUUUUAUUAAAGCUUGUGUCGCUUCGCUAAUAACUCAAACGCCUGUGUUUAUUGAUUCGAAUUUAUUUCGUUUUUAAAUUCACCGAUGUUGGUUUUUCAUUUUUCAGUUUAAAUUAUUAUAAUAUGGAUUCGACUGAUUUUCUUUUAGCUAUAUGCAUGAAUAUACAUAUAUAAUGUGUGUAUGUUUGUAUCUCGAUAGUUUUGUUUUUAAGUCUAAACGCUUUUAAUUUGCUGCAUUACCAGCUUUCAUCUCGUCUUUCAUCGCUUUUCGUUUUUCAUAAUGUCUCCUGCUCUUCGAACACGCCUACUCAGUGUGCAUACCAUACACU